GAUGUUGAUAGUCUCGUUCUCAUUUUCUGGCGGCUAUUUGCAACAAUUUCUAACAACUAAAAAAAAUACACCAUGUGCGCAAUGAAUAGCCAUGAAACAGCAGUAAAAGCUGUCGCGACUUCAGUUCGUGCAUUCUUUGUUCAAAAAGAAUCAUUCAGAAUCUACCACGGAUCGACAAACAGCACAAGACCAAAGCAUCAAAAUCGUCUUGUUGAUAUCAGCAGCCUUAAAAAUGUGUUGAACAUUGACCCCAUAUCUCGUACAGCACUCGUUGAGCCGAACGUUCCCAUGGAUAGUCUUAUCGAGGCUACUUUGAAACAUGGUCUCAUACCGCCAGUAGUGAUGGAAUUCCCAGGUAUUACUGUCGGUGGGGGCUAUGCGGGAUCCGCUGGAGAAAGCAAUUCAUUCAAAUACGGAUAUUUUGACCAAACCAUCAACUCUGUGGAAAUGAUACUAGCAAAUGGAGAAGUUGUCACAGCAUCUCGUUCACAUAACGUAGACCUGUUCAAAGGGGCCGCUGGUGCAAUGGGGACUUUGGGAAUAGCCACGUUGAUCGAAUUGCAGCUCAUUCCUGCUAAGAGAUUUGUACAGCUGACUUAUGAGCGAAAGUCCUCGGAUCAAGAGACAAUCGAAGGGGUCAAGAAAGAGAUUGGAAACUCCACCAAUGACUAUGUCGAUGGUAUCUUGUUUUCCAAGAAUUUCGGCGUAGUAAUGACUGGAAAAUUGACAGAUGAUAAGCCAGCUACUAUGAAAGAGCAGUCUUUCAGUCAUGCUAGAGAUCCUUGGUUUCAUCUACAUAUACAAGAGCGGAUGAAUAACGAGCCUGGGAAGUCUUGUGUCGACUACAUACCACUGGGCGAAUAUCUAUUUCGGUGGGACAGAGGUGGAUUCUGGAUGGGCCAUCAAGCAUUUCAAUACUUUCCUUUUGUUCCAUUUAAUCGAUGGUCUCGAUGGUUUCUAGACGAUUUCAUGCAUACCCGAAUGCUGUAUCGAGCUCUACAUGGUACUGGCCACUCGUUUGAGCACAUUGUACAGGAUCUUUCACUUCCAUAUUCUACAGCGGAGGAAUUCAUUGACUACUCAGCAGCUGAGCUAAACAUAUGGCCACUAUGGCUAUGCCCUUUGCGAGAGAUGCAAGCUCCAACAUUCCAUCCCUCUACCACAUUACCGGGUCCAAGUAACAAUGCAAAACCAAUGCUCAACAUCGGUCUUUGGGGUCCAGGAUCUAAGAACCGAGAUGAGUUCUUCCGGCAAAAUCGUCAAUUGGAGAAGAAACUUGCGGAUCUGGGGGGCUUCAAAGUUCUCUACUCUCACACCUAUUACACAGAGACAGAAUUCUGGGAGCUAUACGACAGGAAGUGGUAUGAAAAUUUGCGGUCAAAGUACUCGGCUACAUCUUUACCUACAGUUUACGACAAAGUGAAGGUGGAUAUUUCAAAAUUCUCAGAGAUUAAGUUAUCUUGGUAUGAGUGGAUAUUGAAACUAUGGCCAGUAGCUGGAUUGGUGGGGAUCAGGUCUGCUAUCCGCAGUAGAGACUAUUUGUUACAUAGAAAGCCACUAUGGAGAGAAGGAAUGACAAUCCAGAAGCCUUAGUUUGUGUGGCUAUUCGACGGAGGUAAUUUGAUAAUUCUUAUAUUCAUUGUGGAUGGAGAUACCGGGAAAUUCUGAAGCGCUUUAGAUAGCUACCGACGAUCAAUCCCUCUUUUCUUUUUA